UUUCCCAAUAUACACUACAAUCGGCGGCCAUGAGACUAAUUUUUCGAGACUCGGAAAUCACAUUAAGUGAAUAGGGUCUCUCCCAACAAAUGUUUCUUCGUACUUGAUAUAUCAUGAACUCUAUCAAACUAUUUAAUAAAUGAUCAUGCUAUAAAUUUCUUUUUUUUUUUGAAAUGGAUCAUGCUAUAAAAUAAACUUAAAUAUAUUUGGACAAACCAAAGUUAAGGCUAAGACAUUCCCUUGUUUUUCUGAAAUGUCCAUACCAUAAUCCAUUCCGCGCCAUUUUAAGGAAAUAUUGUUCUCCGACAUCUCCGUUGGAAACUCCGAUCCUCAUGGAACGUUUUCCUCUCUCUCAACCAUCGCCUCUCAAUCAAUCAAACAAACCCCUCUUUCUCUUUCUCUUAUCAACAAAACCAAAACUCCAACCCCCAUUUUUCUCUUUUGGGUUCUUCCAACCUCACCCCAAAACCUCCUUGCAUUCAUUCUCUCAAUCUUCCUUCCCAGCUCAAAUUCACCUUCAGUUUAUGGACAAACGAACAGGGUCGAUAUUCUUAACUUCCUUUGUGGAAUUUGGGUGCUAGUUCAUUUUUAGGACCAUGCAUACAAGAAAUAGCUUGUGAUGGUGGUGAUAAGAAUAAUAUAUCAAUUGUGGUGGUGACUGGUGACAUUUCCUGUUCCUCCUAUGAUUGUUAAUGGACUGAUUUUUUAGAAUGCGCGGGAAAUUCGUUGGUUCUCCAUGUUGUUAAUGGUGGAGAAACUAAGUUUCUCUGCCGAUUUUCAAUUUUGUUUGAGGGAUUUUGUCAUUAUUUCAGCUUGAUAAUAUGAUUAUUAAGAAUGGCGCAAAUGGCAUAUUUGAAAUUGUUCAGAGUUUGAGGUUUGGCAGUUCUUUAUGUUAGAUAAGUUGUUAUCUGGAAAAUAAGCUUUGAAGUGACAGGAUAAAGGGUUUAUUUAGGAGAAAACGUAAGCACCGGAUUGAUGUGGGUAGGUGUCGAGAAUUCAAUGCUCUAGUGCAAAAGAUGGUAUUGUGGAGCUAACUAUAUCAUCUUCCACCAUGAGUAAUGAGGAUCCUGGAAUUUCAGGCAGGCAAUAUAAAGAUACUGUGAUUUUUGGGUUUACUGACAGAAUCCCUUCAGAUGAUGAAACAGACAAUAUAUGUCUACAGACGGGUGAAGAAUUUUCUGCUGAGUUCUUACGUGAUCGGGUUGCUUUAACGAGAUUUCCUGUCAUAACUGAUGCAGACCAGCAGCGCCUGCCAAACAGAUUGGACUUUAAUGUUAAUAAUAACAACUACCAGAUGGUCUAUGAGGAUCUAAAGCAUGUUCUUGGGCUAAGUAGAGAAAAUUCUGAUAGUAACCCGGAUUUGUUAGAGACUGGUUUGGCCAGAGGAUAUGGUGCUGAGAUUGACAACAGGGCUUAUCCUAAUAAUUUGAGCAGAUACCACUGGGAACAUGGUGGUGUCGGACAGACAUCAGGUACAUUUUCUAGACAAUUAUCAAGUAAGUUUUCUGACGGAUCUAGUUGUGAUCAAGUUACUCCAGGACCAAAUGCUCCUAUUUACGCCAUGGAGUCUCCUCAUUCAUGCCAUCCUCACGGAUCAUUAUUCUCAGAAGGUUCUUUCUAUAAGAAGAUAAAGUUUCUUUGUAGUUCUGGAGGUAGAAUACUGCCAAGGCCAAAUGAUGGGAAACUCAGAUAUGUAGGUGGAGAGACACGGAUUAUAUCAAUCAGAAAGAACAUCACAUGGGAGGAGCUUAUGACAAAGACUUCUGCUAUAUGUGAUCAAACUCACAUUAUCAAAUACCAGCUUCCUGGAGAGGAUCUUGAUGCUCUUAUUUCUGUUUGUUCUGAUGAGGAUCUUCAUCAUAUGAUUGAGGAAUAUGAAGAGCUUGAAAGAGCUGGAGGCUCUCAACGACUGAGGAUUUUUCUCAUACUUGCAAAUGAAUCUGAGAGUCCAAUCUCUAAUGAUGCAAGAGUCAAUCCACCAAGUGAUGCUGAUUAUCAUUAUUUUGUUGCUGUUAAUGGUAUGCUGGAUCCAAGUCCACGAAAGAACCUUAGUGGUCUAAAUUUGGCAAGCCAUACAACCCAGUUUGGAAAUAACUCUGAUUACAACAGUCCACAUUUCCAUAGGGACUCAUCCACAUCUUCAUUUGCUUCGGAGGCAAAGGACAACCCGACCUCUCCAAAUUUGGUAGGAAAACUCUCAAAACGCCGUCCUCAUUUGUUAACAGCACUGAAGGUAGCGGCCAAUUCAUUUAAUCAAACACCUCCUUUAUCUCCCAUUUCUGUACAGCCGAAAGAUUCUAAAAUUUCUAAUGUACAGCCUAAAGAUCCAAAAAUUUAUAAUGUACAGUUAUUUAGGGACCAACCAUAUAAUGUUGUUAACGAAAGCAUUAGUCCCUUUGUUACGGAAAAAGAUCCGCGUGAGAACUCUUUGUUUGUAGAGAAUACCAGUUAUGUUGAUCCAAUUGUGUAUUAUAACAGUCCUUCUCAAGGGUCUCCACGCGUGAAUUACCAUCCCAGUAAUCAAUACGUACUGGAGUCUGACCAAGUCAGGAAGCCUAGUGAUGAUUUUCAUUUUCACAGACGAAACAACAGUAAAGAUUUUGUCUCGCCUGCAAUUUGUAGUCAAACUGAUAUGAUAUUUGAGAGACCUUUAGGCACCAAUGAAGGUUCAUACCAUUUUAACAAGAUUGUUUCUCAUCCUCACGAUCGAUCGAGUUUAUUCUCAGUAUCUGAUGGUAGAGAGGGAUCUCAGUACAGAAUAUUGCAUGCACUUUCUGACCCAAUACUUGAGGAGAAUGACGAGAACUAUAAAGUUCGCAUGCCAUUUCCCCCUAAUGCUGAGAGAGACAAAAUGUCAUCAUGGGAAACUUCAAGUUCUUUGGAAGAAUGUUCAAUACAGCCAGGAGAGAUAGCUAAUAGGAAAGAGCAUGUGGCUCAGUAUCAAAACUUUCCCACUUUUGGAAUGGCCGAUAGUUUCCACAGAGUGUCAGAGAUUGGUAAAGAGAACAUGCAGCGUGCAGAUAAAAGCACUAAUUGGUUUGAUGAAAAACUUGGACCAAUGUCACAAGACAAAAAUUUACAGUAUAUCUACUAUCCACAUGGUGUCUGCUCAUCUUCACCAGAUUUACAGAGUGAUGAAUGCAAUGUGUCUGCUGGACCAUAUAACUCUUCGGAGUCCACAAGCAACAUGACAGAGCAAUCACAUGGUCUACCAUUAGAUGUAAUUUCUUCUCAGUUUUCCAUGAGGAGCCAAAAUUCAUCAACACAUCACCGAUAUUCUAUGUCAGAGCCAAAAGACAGUCAACCACUUCACCCUGGCUCUUCUGAGUUACAACCUGUUGAGUCCCAAACUGAAAUAGAGUCCAUGCCACCUGUCUCAUACACAGACUUGGUUCAUUCUUCAUCGAGAGACGUUAUCCUUGAUGAGGAUCAUGCAUGCCACCUGUACCAAAAGGAAGAAAGCACAGUCAUUAACAAACAAUCUUCUAAAUACAUUGAUGAAUUGUGUGUCAACAAGCCAGAACCGGUAGCUGCUGUCAAAGGGCCAAUUGAUUAUAUUACGUCAGGUAUCCAGUCACGCUUACGAGUCUCAAAUUUAGAUGAAGAGGAUGAAGUUGAACUAACAUCUCCUGAGAGGGAAGAGGUAGAGUGUUUUAAUCCAGAAUCUGAAAGGAAGCUUGCAAAAGCUGAUAGUGGAAACUUCUACACCCCUACCGGUGAUACAGAAACUGUUGAAACAGAGGUUGAUAUUAAUGGUUUACAGAUUAUUGAGAAUGGUGAUCUUGAAGAACAACAAGAGUUAGGAUCUGGAACCUUUGGAACUGUUUAUCAUGGAAAGUGGAGGGGAACAGAUGUUGCUAUUAAAAGAAUAAAAAGUAGUUGUUUCGCUGGCAGAUUGUCAGAGCAAGAGCGGUUGACUAAAGAUUUUUGGAGAGAGGCACGGAUUCUGUCAACCCUUCACCAUCCAAAUGUGGUGGCAUUUUAUGGGGUAGUUCCUGAUGGCCCAGGUGGAACGCUGGCAACUGUAACAGAAUACAUGGUGCAUGGAUCACUAAGGAAUGUUCUCUUGAAGAAGGACAGAGUGCUUGACCGCCGUAAAAGGCUUAUGAUUGCAAUGGAUGCAGCCUUUGGCAUGGAGUAUUUGCAUUUGAAAAAUAUUGUUCAUUUUGAUUUGAAGUGUGAUAAUUUACUUGUCAAUCUGGGCGAUCCUGAACGACCUGUAUGUAAGGUUGGAGAUUUUGGCUUAUCAAGAAUUAAACGCAACACGCUUGUUUCUGGUGGUGUCAGAGGAACCCUUCCAUGGAUGGCACCAGAAUUACUAGAUGGUAACAGUUCAAGGGUGUCUGAGAAGGUUGAUAUUUUCUCAUUUGGCAUUGCAAUGUGGGAAAUCUUGACUGGGGAAGAACCUUAUGCUAAUAUGCACUGUGGUGCUAUCAUAGGAGGUAUUGUCAAUAAUACGCUCAGGCCUCCAAUCCCAAAACGCUGUGAUUCUGAGUGGAAAAAGUUGAUGGAAGAGUGCUGGAGUCCUGAUCCUGCAGCCAGGCCAACCUUCACAGAAGUUAGAGAUAGACUUCGCAACAUGUCAGCUGCACUGCAGAAAAAGAGACCCCAUAUUGGAAAUCGAUGAGACUUCUACAUUUUCCUUGUAUAUGAAUGCAAAUACGAAAGAAAGAUGGAAAAAUUGUUUAAAUUUGUUAGUAUUGUUGUAUAGAAACCAUUAGUGUAUAUAAAAGUUGUUCACCUAAAGUCCCUAUUCAUAUUUUACCUAUUCUUAAUGUUUCUAAAACCAAAUUGGUCAUGAAAUUAGUGAAAGUAUUGAACUGGUUUAACUGUAAUCAAAUUAUGGUAGAUUUUUGUACCA